AUGAACAUUGUCAUAGAGAUCAUAUAUGCAGCUACUAUUAUUGUGGAAUUCAUAAUUGGGAGUGUUGCAAAUGGAUUCAUAGCACUGGUGAACAUUAUAGCCUGGGUCAAAAGAAGAAAGGUCUCUUCAGUGGAUCAGAUCCUCACUGCGUUGGCCGUCUCCAGGAUAGAUCUGCUGUGGUCUACACUCAUAAUUACACUAAUAUCUUCAUUGUAUCCAGAUUUAGAAAUGACCGUGGGAAUUGUAAGACUAAACAAUAACACCUGGGUUGUUGCAAAUCAUUUCAGCAUCUGGCUUGCUACAUGUCUCAGCAUCUUUUAUUUUCUCAAGAUAGCCAAUUUUUCUAACUGUAUUUUUCUCUACCUAAAGUGGCGAUUUAAAAAAGUGUUUUCAGGGACAUUGCUGGUAUCUCUGCUCUUCUUGUUUGUAAACAUUUUAGUGAUAAACAGACAUAUUGAUACCUGGAGUGAUGAAUCCAAAGGAAAUCUCUCUUGCAGUCCCAGAUCGAAGGAUUACACACAAUUUCAUAGACUUAUUUUGUUAAUCAACACAAUGUUCACAUUCAUCCCUUUUACAGUGUCCCUGGUGGCUUUUCUCCUGCUCAUCUUCUCCCUGUGGAGACACCUGAAGAAUAUACGGUACAGUACCAAAGGCUCCAGAGACCCUAGCACCGUGGCCCACAUAAAUGCUUUGCAAAUGGUGGUUGCCUUUCUCCUAUUCUACACAGUUUUCUUUCUGUCUCUUGCCACGCAAGUUUCGACUUUUGAGUUUAGAGAGAAACACAAUUUGAUUUUUGCCACUCUUAUUAGUAGUUUUACGUUGGUCCACUCGGUUGUCCUGGUUCUGAAAAACAGUAAGCUGAGGCAGGCCCUUCUUUUUGUUCUGUGGUGGCUAAGGUGCAGGUUGAUAGAGGUACAGUGA